AUGGUAUUGUUUCCAGCGGACGGGGGCCUCAUCGAAGUGCGACUUGUCAAACUCACCGGAGACAAUGCAAAAGCCGGCUACUUUGAGGAAUAUGCUUCUAUCAAAGAGCGGGACCCGUUUGACGAUGCGAAGGUUUUUAGAAGACAUCGUUCUUCAGAUGACAAAAAUUGCAUCGUUGACGAGGACUUAAUUGGCAAUGAUGAAUCUGACAUUGUAGGAGGCCUUGAUGGAAAUGCUUCACAUAAUGGGGACAACUCUAGCCAAGGGGCAGACAACGGUGAUGGGCAGGACACCAAUAACGACGAUAAAUCCGAUGGCCUAUCAGAAAACGUCGGGGAGAAGAAAACGCCAGGUUUAGAACUAAAGCGUUUCAUUGUGGCUCAAGAAGCAUGCUAUGGCGUGGAAAUUACCUUGAGGAAAGGCUUUUCACAUGGUCGUUACUAUGGAGGCUUUACCUUGAUUUUAAUAGAUUUAGAGAGUGACAAAGUUCUCUACAACGAACGUAUCUUUGAGAAAUCCCUCCAAAGAUCGUACAGAGCGCUUGAGAAACACGAGCGAUUUACAGUAAAAACACUACCUGCAGGAAUUGUAGGCGGGGAGUUAAAAGUAAAUGUUGCGCUUGCUUUUCACGCAAUGAAUCCAGAUGAGAAGUCAGAAGACUCCCAAGAUGUUGACGUAUUCGCCGGAUUGAGAGUCCAAAUCCACCGUUUCGGACGAAUUCUGGCGCAGAAGCCCACAAUGUUUGAACUUGACGGUAUGACUAAUACGCAUCAGAACAUUGCACAAAAGCUCCACGGCAAACCUGGAAUAACAAAGGGGCUAAGUCUGAGUGGUGGGCAUAAUGUGGAAGACGAACACGCAGCAAGACGUCGAACACCCUAUUACUGGAUUACAACGGAAAUUGAGCAGACUUUAAAAAUCGAUUACUUUCCCAGGGCGGCUGAUUACUUGGAAAGAAACGGGUUUGAAAAGACUCCGAUAAAGCUUGAGCGUCGACCAUGGGAUUGUUUGAGCGUGGAGGAGAGACCAGGUUGCUUUCGAAAGCUUCAACUGGAAGAUCAAAGGCGCGAAAGAGAUCACGAAAUUGUACUAGCGGAAUUAGAAGCCCAUACUGGUAGAAUCCGGGGACGAAUACUGGACGAAGGAAUAUGUCCCAACAAGUGGCGCUCCUGGGCCUUGCUCAUGAGGCGUGAGCGACCACUUGUAUUUAUGGAGCUUCAGAAGCGUUUGCGUUACUUCUGGAAGGGCGAAAUUCCACCAGAGGAUUUGCGCGAGAUUAAGCUCCUAGAAAGCAGGAAGAGACAAGCCACCUCUGGAGAGAAGCCAGAAGUUUAUCAUACUGAAAAAGAGAAGCAAGGAGAAAGCAGCGGCCACGGACAACCCGAAACGAUAUCUUUGCUCUCAGAUUCAGAGGACGAACAAAUAUUCGAACAUGUAGUACCUUCACUACCGGCUCCCAGGAGAGCAAACUCGGUCAUUGACGAACAACGCCCAGCUAAGCGUAUCAAGCUCGAGCCGGCAUCGAAUAAUCAAAUGUUUCCCGUUAACCUAAGUCAAUUCAAUGCCAAUACCUCAAGCUCCUCCUCCGAGACAAAUCUGAGAAGAUUGAAGCAAAGAGCUAGAGAGUUGGAGGAAGGACUUAUUGCUGCGCAGACAGUUGCAGAUAUGCUUCGGGCGAGGAAUGAGAUGAACGCUAGAAUUGCAGCGAUGGAGGAGGAAGAGGAGAGGAGACCUUCUGAUGGAAGAAGUACGAUUGGAUGA